AUGACUUAUUAUAAGGUUUUCUUGACCAAUGACUAUCUGAAGAAGUUCUUGUUUUCUACUUGAAAUUGUCUGAUCUUUCAGGUUAGUAUUAAACAAUUCUCAUCAUGUGAGCUGAAAGGAAGUUGUGGUCUCAAGAUAUUGGUCAAAGUUGUGGCUUUCUUGUUGACCGAGUCAAAAGUUUCGAUAAUGGUAGCCACAAAGUUAAUUCUAGUCAAAGAAAAGCAUCUUCAGGUUAUACGCGAGGAAGCGUAAAGGUUGAUCUUAAUGAGGACAAGACUAAACUGGUGGUAACAUGUGAGAAGCCGGUCCAAGAAACUGUAACGAUCGGGAGUGAAGUGAUCAAGAAAGGUGUACAAAUUAGAAGAUUUACAGAAUCUUUCAAGAUUCCAGAAGGGGUAAUCGUGGACGAAAUUAUAACUAACUUCAAUGAGGAAACCUCCAACCUGACUAUUACCAUGCCAAAGAGAAUGAAGGAGCCAGAGCUUGUUACACAGACCAGCUCAGAGAAUUUGCCUUAUACAGUUCUUAAAAGAGCGAGAUUUCAAGAAGACGAAGGAGCAGCUGAUUCAGUAACUGCAUAUCGAAAAGGACUAAUCGAACAACAUGGUGCUAAUGAUGAAUUGCCCAGAAGGGAAACCAAAAUAGGUGAUGAUAAAGUUGAAUGUAGAAAUUUGAAAGAUGAUGAAGUUUGUGAAAAAGAGGAAGAUAAACUGCCUAAGAGGAGCAAGGUAUGUGUUCCUGUUAUUGUUGGAUCAGCUGUAAUGUUAUCUGUAGUUGUCUUUGUGAUUCUUUUUAUGAGAAAAAAGAAGCAACCUGGAAAAAGAAAAGAUUAAGACAAAGAACAUUUGU